UAAGACAAAAUCACACCAGCAGGGGGUGCCUUGGCAAAGAGGAGAUGAGUCACGGCGCUGUAACGGUUAGUGGAGGGCAACGGAAGUGGCUCGGCGACUAGACGCGGAGGGUCGACUCGCCAGUGGAGGUGGAGAUGAAACACGCUGUAAUGGAGGCGGGCGGGUCAAGCGGAGGCCUCGAUAGCGAAGGAAAAAAUGCAUGUGAGAGGUUGCACCGGCGGCUUGAAGUGCGUCCGUAAUGGAGCCGAGAAACGGCGGCUCAAAGCGGAUCCUCCUGGUCAUGUUGUGCCAUCCUUCAAUCAUCAGGACGUCGCACAGGGGCGCUCGAAGGCGAGAUGGGAAGGUCGGCUCGCCGGUGCAGGCGGCGUCUUACGGUCGCGCGAGGCGGAGACAGGGCUGCAACGGAUACAGGACCGGAGCUUCUCAACAGGCAACGACGCGGGCCACCGCGAUGGAAGGAAUUCGGCGACUCAAGGCGGCCACGGUGGCUGCUCGCGGCAGAGCCGGCUUGAAGGUUGCAGCAGAGGAUAACCUAAGGUCGCAGGAGUGAAGCGGCUUGGCCGGCUAUAGUAGAGGAACGGAGGGCCGGUCCGGCGACUCAGCGCGGAACGGCAGCGGAGGAAACGAAAGGCUGGUCCGGUGACUCAACGCGGGAAAGCAGUGGAGGAGCGGAGGGCCGGCCCGGCAACUCAGCAUGGGCCGCGGCGGCUUGUGGAGGUGUAUUGCAGCGGUGGCGGCCGGCUCAGAGGCGAUGUCAGACGCCGGCCGAGGCGGGUCAACGGGGAGUGUGAGUCUGCGGAGACAUCCGCUUCCGAGCCGUGGCCGGUUCAAUGAAUCCACGUCCGUGUUCCCUUCUGGGUAGUGGCCUUUUUUUCUUUGACUUUUCUUCCAUCUAGA